GUUAUACACAUUCUUCUGAUGAAGUGGUCAUUGGCUAAUUUUCUGCCAUCGCUUGUCAUAUUCAUCCACAACUUCUGUUUUUUUUUGUUGUUUGUUUGUUUUUUACAGUUUGUGACAGUCGUAGAUUUCCAGCACACACUAGAUUCGCCAGAGCAUCCGGAUUCUAACGUGCAUACCAUGUGUCCAUGUUAGAAAGGUCGACGUUCGUAGAGAAGACAACGCAUAGAAACUGAAACACCUGCCUUUUAUUUUCCGAAACUGAAGGGGGCGGUGAUGCAACAGUAAUCUGGUUGUCAACCACCGUAAUAUAAGAAGAAGAGAAACCGACCUAAACAUGGAGCAGCGAGAAUCUCUGAAACGGCAGAUUGAUCUUCUACAAAAUCUCAUCGAUAAGCACAAGAGUGUCCAUGGCAACAUGCCGAGGCAUCCAGUGGUCUCUACAUCAUCCAGAGGGAGGAGCCAACUGACAUCUGUCAUCAAUCCACACACCUCUUAUGCUCUUCCGAGCCAUGGUAGCUGGAGGAAGUGGAACUCUCUCAAAAAUAAUCCUGUGUCCAACUCUGUGUCCUAUGUUUCUAACUGCACUUCAGAACAUCAUUCAAACAUUCAGGUUUCAACUCAGAAUGCUUCGAUACCCAGCCACACUGAUGAAAAAAGUGGUACAGCCAAAUUCCCCCCUUUAUCAUCAGAGAUUAUUCAACUCAAGGAAGAAGGACAAACAGAAAGUGCUUCCGCAGAGAUUGGAAAUGUUGCAACAGAAACAAUAGACACCUGUAAAAAAGUGGUGGCUGUACCUCAGUCAGACUUGAGAAUACAAAGUACGCAACAUCAAAGAGUUGAAGAAACUGUUCUACUCCCGGUGGGAAAAGCGAGGGGGCCUUUUGAAAGCCACUUUUCAGCCAAAGCCAGCGCACUGACCCGUGUGUCGGUCAUGUCCCAUUUCCAGAAUCAACAUUAUUUAAAAACUAAAAUCAACAAAAUUAAGACCCAAUGCCCAGAUUACAAAAAGCAGAUGGCCCUGGAUGUAAGAUCGUCACCUCGAUCUUCACCUUCUCAGGUGCUACAACAACCUUCCAAAGACCUUCCUUUGUCUCAGUCAAGCCAUGCCAUAGGCAGGGUAUCAUUUAAAAAAAAAUCCAAAUUUACUUGGGUUAAGAAUCGUAUUUUUGAAGAAAUGGAACCCAAACCAUAUGACUUGGCUACUUCGUCCACAAAUGAAGUCACUUCGAUACUUGAUGCUAAAGCUGGAGUCUUAAAUUCAAGCUCCCUCUCAUCCCCAGUAAGUAAGCGAACCCCUGCCAAAAAGUCACGCAAACUCAGUCCUGUUAUCACAGGGGCAAGGGCAUCCAACUACAAAUGGGUUUCCUCCUCUGCUGGGGUACAAGCUAGGACUUUUAGAAAGUCACCAUCUGCUAAACCUUUGACUAACACUCAGAAAGCUUUGGAAAAAGGAGAUGUUACGAAGAAACUCAAAUCAAGCUCUUUUAGCUGUACAAAACUGAAAAGGGGAUAUGCAACUUCCCCUACUAGUUCUUCAUUUAGUAGGUAUCGCUGGAAGGCUGGUUGUCCCAAGUAUUCUGUAGUAGAGACAGCAGGGGAAGCAGGGGCCCACUGUGAAUCUACCUUUGUUUGGACCGCAGAAAAAAAUAGAGGAAAAAAAGGGAUUGUUUUUUCUGCCUUACCCGCCAUCCAAUCAUCCCCCAAUUCAUUCAAGCUUCACAGCAGGAUGAAAAUCAUCAGGAAGUCGGCUAAUAGCGGAAGCAGAUCAAUGAAGGGAGGCCUAUCACCAGCUGCAAAACACUCCACAAGGAGCCCCAUACACAGCCAGAUGAGGACUCCGAUAGGAGCUCAAAGGACUCAUACCAGGGAGCUUGUUGCUUUUGGGAGACACAAAUUGAGACGACUUUCUCCUACUUCAUCGAGAACAAGUCCAGCUUUUUCCUCUCACUAUACUCCUCCCUCACAGAGGAUGUAUCGACCACAAUACAAGAUGGUUAAUCACCCAGGCUCCAGUGCUGCAUACACUCUUCCCUACCAUCCAACCCUCACCUGGAGAGCGAAGAAAAUCCAGUCAGCCAGGAGUUUCCUCCAGAGUCGUCAGAGAUCAUCUCUCAACAGAUACACAGCAACUACUCAUCACUGGAAAGAAUCUGGCAUGUGUUGGAUUCGGGGUAAUCUUUACCAAGUCUCUGCCAAUAAACUGUCCCGCACAGUCUCUCACAACAUCCAAACAGGAAAAGGUUCCAAUUUUAACCAAGGCUCUGCUGUAAAUUCAGCUACCAAUCGACCCUAUAGCCCACGUCAUUUUGCCAGCCGUGCAGUCCAGCGCAGUCUUGCCAUAAUCAGACAAGCUCGUCAAAAGAAGCAGCGGCAGUACUGCAUGUACUACAACCGUUUUGGCAAAUGCAAUCACGGAAGCAGCUGUCCUUACAUUCAUGACCCUGACAAAGUUGCUGUGUGCACCAGAUUUCUACGUGGUACAUGCAAACAACCUGAUGCGGCGUGUCCAUUUUCCCAUAAGGUUGUCAAGGAGAAGAUGCCAGUUUGCUCAUACUUUCUGAAGGGAAUCUGCAACAACAGCAGCUGUCCUUACAGUCAUGUCUAUGUUUCCCAUAAGGCAAAAGUGUGUGAAGACUUUGUCAAAGGCUUUUGCCCUGAAGGAGAAAAGUGUAAGAAGAAACACACUUUGGUGUGUCCAGAGUUCUCCAAGACUGGUUCCUGUCCUUUUGGAGCUCGCUGUAAGUUGCAGCACCGUCAACGUGCCAAACGAUGUGCAUCUACCUUUGUGAGCGUAUGUAACGUUGAACCUUCCAAGAGGCCCCAUCCAUCUGUGGUCAUUCCAAAAGGCUCGCUGGAAACUCCGGGUACACCUUCCAUAAGAUCACUACCAUCAUUUAUCUCCCUUUCAAACUCUCCAGAGGAGCCAGAUGCGCCAGACCCACAGCUAGCCAAGACUACUCCAUCUAAAGCAAAGAAAAAAAGACAGUGAUUGACUCAGAUCAAUGAUACGUAAGUACCGGGAGCGGCCGGCCGGCCCUCCGGCAUUUCAGCGGAACCUGCACAUUCCUUCUACGCUUUGUUGAAAGCCACAACACAUUGUGACCAUGUUGUGGCGCGGCAUGUGUCCUUGUACUAAGGGCGGUCGAUUGUGGACUGUGGAGGCACUCCUGUGGCGGCCCCCAAAUCCUUCUGCCAGACGAGUGCACCCGAGCUCAGUGCAGUUCGCUAAAGUUCAUUGGUAAUGGUUGUCAAGCGAUCAAGUGUUAGUGCAUGCUCCUCCUCUUUCUCAACAAUUCUGCCCGCUUCUCCCUUUUCAGCACAAAAGAGCAUCACUAUCAUCUAACAAUGAUGUAAAUUGUGGCUGCGAUUCAGUUCUCAAACAUAAUUGAAGGAAGCAUAUCUGUUUAUAACCAUAUUCUCACCCAGAAGAUAAAAGAGCGCCAAUAACAACCCGUAGCGAUGUUUUUCACUCUCAAAAAGACACCUGUUCCAAGGACGCAAUGGGGGAGGUGCGCCAACCGGUCAGAGGAACUGUAAAAUACGCCUGCAGCGCGAUUAGUAAUUUAUUGUGUCCCACCUCAUAUGUAGUGAUCAUUAAAAUUUUAUCAGAUUUUUAAAAAUAUAACGUUUUUUACUUUUUAUAGGAAAAUGCUUCUACCGGGUCCUGGAAAAAGCAGAACAAAAUGUAUGGAGAUGUUUAUAUACAGUAUUUAUUUCUCAAAUAAAUGUUUUGCCGUCAAAAAGGAUUUAAGCUUUGGUUUCAUUCUAGAAUACUGUAUGUACUUCUUUUUUUUCAUCUACCAAGGUUCGAAUGAGAGAAAUGUGAGAAAAUAUUAUAAAGUGUGGGUUUAUAAACAGAGGUUAAGCGUGAAAAUCUUAUAUACUGGAAAUGAAAAAACAUACUAUAAAUGAAAAAACAAAGCUGGAAACAAAAAAACGUUGCCUGUAAAUGAAAAAAAAAACCAUCCUGUAAAUGAAAAAAAUAUAUAAUGAAUGAUAAAACAAAAAACUACUUUACACAGAUUUCCAGUUAGGGGUCGCCACAGCUCCCUCUUGUGCAUCCUCUUCUCUAACACCCACUGUCCUCAUGUCCUCCCUCACAACAUCCAUCAGCCUUUUCUUUGGUCUUCCU